UCUAGUGGACGGAACGAUUCUUUCAACAGCAGCAACAGUCAGUCAGACACCUCGGUAGCUCGCUAGACAAAUUAGACGAACCAAUAAAAGCUCUUUAGACGCUUUCAUAUAGCCACUGUGUUUUAAACCUACUUCUGUCGUCUAGUCCGUUAUCCCAUUCAUUUUAAAUUUUUACGUUGUUAUUAGUCAACUAGCGGGCUGGCUAAGUUAGCAUUAGCCUAGCUAACAUCCUCGACCAUGAGUUCACUAAACUACUCUCGUCUUGCUAAAGACUGGACGGAGGAAGAAGCUUCCCCUCCAGCUACAGAAGAGGAGGUCUGCUGGACGGAGGAAGAAGCUCUCGUUAAAGAGGAGAAGGAAGAGAAGGUUGUUAAAAUACAAAAACGAGUAGAUGAUGAGGCUGUUACAGUGAAGGAAGAAGAGAAAGACGUUUCAGUGAAAGAAGAGGAUGUUACUGUAAAAGAAGAAGAGGGUGUUACUGUAAAAGAAGAGGAGGAAGACGCGUUCAGAGUGAAAGAAGAAGACGAUGUUACAGUAAAAGAAGAGGAAGGUGCCGUUUUUGGAGUGAAAUUGGAGGAGGAGGAGAUGACUGUCACAUCGAACAAGGAGGAAGAGGAGGAAACUGGAUAUCUGGGCCCGGUUCCCCAAAGCCAUCUUAAGGCAUCCAGUAUUGAUGAUGAAGUUAGCCGUGAGAAUCUUUUGAGAAACCGGGCCGUGAUUACCACUAGAGAGAGACCUGACUAUUGUGGAUCCUCUGGGGAGCCUCAACAACAUCAUGAAGCUGACGAGGCAGAGAAGAGUCUCUCCACAUCAGAACAUCUCAAGAAACACCAACGGAAACCCACAGGGAAGAAAUCUCACCACUGCUCUGACUGCGGGAAGAGUUACUCAAGAUUAGAUUCACUAAAAGUACACCAGAGAAUUCACACAGGCGAUACAGCUCACUGCUCUGACUGUGGGAAGAAAUUCACCUCUUCAGCAGACCUAAAAAGACAUGAGAGAAUCCAUACAGGAGAGAAACCUUAUAGCUGUGAUCAAUGUGGGAAGAGAUUUACUCACUCAAGCUGCCUGAAGGUACACCAGAGAACACACACUGGAGAGAAACCUUAUAGCUGUGAUCAAUGUGAGAAGAGAUUUGUUACAUCUAGCCGUCUGACUAUACACCAGAGAACACACACAGGAGAGAAACCUUAUAGCUGUGAGCAAUGUGGGAAAAGUUUUAAUGUUCGAAGCGGCCUGAAAACACACCAGACAACACACACAGGGGAGAAAUCUUUUAGUUGCUCUGACUGCGGGAAGACCUUUUCAAAAUUAUAUACAUUACAGUUACACCGGACAAUUCACACUGGGGAGAAACUUUAUAGCUGUAAUCAAUGUAGGAAGAGUUUUAAUCACUCAAGCUUGCUGAAGGUACAUCAGAGAACACACACAGGAGAGACAUCUUUUAUAGCUGUGAUCAAUGUGGGAAGAGAUGUGUUACAUCUAGCAGUCUGACUAUACACCAGAGAACACACACAGGAGGCAUAUCGUACAGCUGUGAUCAAUGUGGGAAGAGAUGUGUUACAUCUAGCCAUCGGACUGUUCACCAGCGGACACACGAGAGAACCCUUGUAGCUGUAAUCAAUGUGGGAAGAGUUUUACUCAGCCAAACAUCCUGAUAUCACACCAGAGAACACAGGAGAGACACCUCGUAGCUGUAAUCAAUGUGGGAAGAGUUUUACUCGGCCAAACAUCCUGAUAUCACACCAGAGAACACAGGAGAGACACCUCGUAGCUGUGAUCGAUGUGGGAAGAGAGACGCUGGUAAAGUAUCUCUGAUUAAACAUCAGAGGAAAAUGCAUAUGUGAAGGAGUUGUUUCAUGACAUCAAUACGAUGAUGUCACAAUGUAGAAUGUUUUAACAUUGUAGUAGGAGUAUUUUAAUGAUGUCAUAAUGUAGAAUGUUUUAACAUUUUAGUAGGAUUAAUUUAAUGAUGUCAUAAUGUAGAAUGUUUUAACAUUGUAGUAGGAGUAUUUUAAACCUGUUGAGGAUAUGGCAGACAUACGCCCCCUUUGGAGAGAUUGGGU